CUUCCAUGUCGGGUGAGAACUAUCUCGCCUCAGUAAUCCGCUCCAUUGCCAUAAAACUGCAAGAUGGUAGGGGCAGAUCUGAAAGAUGUAAGGGGAAUGGACCUCGAGGCCAGCAGAAAGGCGCUCUCCUCCUCCUCGACGGCGACCCGCACAGCAUAUCUUCACAGUAUUGAUGAACGACUCUCAAACAAAGAAAUCGAGCAGUCAUCGUAUCCAACUCUACUGGAACUUAUUUUCACCACAUAUUCCUUUUACCAAGACCGAAGCUCUAGACGCCACGUUGAACAAUGUCUGAGGACAAUAUUUCGAGCAGGCGCAAGCCCAGACAUUCUCUCUCCCUUCAUCAAAUCUUUACAUACCGAGGCAUCGAAAACCAACAUAGCAGCUAGCAACGCGUUUGUUUUAACUGAAUGGUUCAGCAUCCUUAUUCAGGAGUGCAGUGGGACACCUUAUUGGGCGAUCUGGGGGCAGCAACUAGUUGCAAGUGACGCAGAGGUUCUAGAGCAGUGCCAAAAGACAACUACAAAACCCAAUAUUAGGCACUCUGCUCUCGUUGUGACUAGAAGGGCCUUCCGAAAGGUCGUUUCUUGCCAGGAUUCGGCCGAGGCUUCGAUUAGUGAUGCGAUUGAAGGACUGAGUGCGAAAGCUGCCCAGCCCAGCGCAAGAAAUGCCAUCAUGCUGGGCGUCAUCGCUGGGGUCUGUUCGAGAAAACCAGAAGCAAAAGGCACUCUUGAAAGAAAGAAGGAAAAUUACUACAACUUCUACACAAGAGAGAUUAUUGGAUCUCGGACGCCAGUGCCCGCUCAUAUUGCAAAUGGACUUUAUGAUUUCUUUUUGGAUUUCACUAGUGCAGAGGAGUUGGCGAAGCACGUAGCACCAUCCCUUGUAAAGGCCUUGCUCAGGGCUCCCGAGAUUGUCCUGGAUGAUCUCAUUACGCCAUUGGUUGAAUCGCUACCUCAGAGCAUCGACCUUUCAAAGAUUUUGCAAGGGAACCUCUUGAAACCAUUACUAUCAAACCUUAAAUCAACAAACGCAACCAUUCGAAACGGUGCGCAUACCGCUUUUCGAGUCACCAUACCUCGUUGUCACGACGACGCUGCACUCAGCGUUAUCACCAACGAGAUACUGCUUCCCUUAAAGUCUGGGAAGCUUCCGGCAGCGGAUCAUCGAAUCCUGCAUUCGGAAAUUCUGAAGGUUUUGCCGAUAACUGAAAGCUUGGUGGAAAAGGUCUUGCCGGCAGUCUCUGCGGUUGCGGCAAAGGAACCCAACGAAGGAGCGUUGAGUGCAGAGACAUCGGUUCUGUCCCUUUACACAUCGUGGACACUGACCAAUGGGACAGCACUUCCCAAGGUGGUCCUAGAAGCAUUCAGCAAAGGCCUAUCAGACAAGAAAGCGCCACUACGAAAGCUGUGGACGCUUCGACUAGGUGAUAUUUUGUGGGCACAGGGGGGUUCUAAUCUUGAAAAUAAGAAUGUUGUAGAGCUCGCUGAAGCCAGCAUAUCAAGCCUGAUUCAACUUUUCGAUGAGGUUGCCUCAAACCCCAUUGCUGCUGGCCAAUCCGGCGUUGUUGUUGGUGGUUAUGUUUUGACAGCUCUAGCAGCGGCCAAGCUCCCUUCUUUGAAAAGUUCGAAGAUUAACGAAGCCAUCAAAAAAGCAAAGGUUAUUCAACAAGCGCUGGCAUUUGAGCCCAAACCUUCAUUCUUACUCAAUCAUCGGGUUUACAGUAAAUUAACUAAUGAUGAGGAUCGUCUCUGGCUUAUUCGUGCCCUCUCUGCUACAGCUGAUGAAGCCUCUACAUCCGGUCCAAAUUCGGCGACAGCCCUCGCGUGGUCACAGGGGGUAAUAUCCUGUAUUUGCUCCGCAAACGUUCCACCUGCUGUGAGACGACAAUGCAUAGAGGUGCUGUCGAAAACGUACGCACGACUCCCCCAAGAAACUUCAUCGAUGAUUGUCUCUGGCCUAUGGCGUUGGGUUCGCGACAUCGAAGUUGGAGAGAAGGACUGUGCCGCAGCAGCCUCUAAAUCCGACAAAGCCAAUCUCCACUUUAUCGCAAAGGCCAUCUGCCUUUCCGCCGCAGAUGCAUCGAAAUUCGGCUUCGAGAUAGACCAGUCCAUAAAGGAGAACCAAAUGGUAAAGAUGUUGGUUAUUGCUCGUCCCGAGCUGCUUCCUGGCGUUCAGUGGAUUGAGCUUUGCCUCAGAGUCGGCGUGGACCCCGGACAACUCUGUAGACAGUAUAACGAUGCUAUUAUUGAGCAAGUUUUGGAAAUCACAGAUUUCAAAGAGACUGCAGACCAAACCCAAUACACUAUCAAAAGUGCAGCUUUCAAUGCCGCAGCAGAACUUGCCUUUGUGGCGCCUGACGUUAUGACUUCCCGAAUAGUUGAUCUAUUUCAACACGAUCUCGAUCCUAAACAGCUGGAUGAUGUUGGCCCUACAGAAGCCGCAAUAUUCCGAACUCCUGAAGGCACUUUAUUUGUUGAUGUACUGGCUAAAAAGUCACAGGACUACGUGCCUAACAAGAAUACUAAGGACUACGACACGAUGAAGUGGGAGGAAGAGUUACGUACCCAGCUAGCUCAGAAGAAGGGUCAGCAGAAAAAAUUGACCCCAGAACAAAACGCAAAGAUAAAUGCACAGCUAAAGAAGGAAGCCGCAAUACGUCUACAAGUUCGGCAAUUGGAAGCUCAACUAGUGCGAGGAAUUGGCAUUAUCAAAAGUCUUGCUGUUGGCCCCCCAACUGAAGCUCAACUGUGGAUGAGCCCAGCUGUCACCUCUCUGAUCAAUAUCAUCAAUGCUGGAGCAGGCCUGGUUACAGGCAAUGCAGCUGCUGAGGCAUAUAGGCUUCUGUCGGAGAGGGUGGUCGCCCGCAUCGGACCGGUUCGUCCAUUCAUCGGAAUUGCAACGCUAAGAGCGUUGGGAAUCACCCACCUACCCGAAGAGCUUACCCAAGAGUCCCUAGGAGAGCUCAUCACCAGAGUUCUGUAUCGACUACGGUUCUCUGGCGAGCAGAGGCCUUUCGAUACGGUGUCUUUGACGUACAUGUUACCUCUGGUAUUCCUUGUGUUGCGCAAUGGUGGUUUCGGUACGCAGGAAGAUUCCGAGGCGCAAGUAGUACUCGCGAUCGAUUUUCUCAAGUUCCACACCGAUGCGUGCUCCGAUACUAUAGUGCCACGUCGCGAGGUUCUCUCGGUGCUUAUUGAAUCGAUGCAAGCCUAUAACCAGCACUACAAAGCUAUCAAGGAGUGCCUGGCUGAUCUUUGUCGCUCGGUUGCUCCCACUAUCAACGACGAUGAAAUUGCAACACUUGUCCGAGGAGCUAUCGUGCCUCAGACAUCGGUCCGCACGUCAGUUUUACAAUCCAUCAGCGCCGAAAUUGACCUCAGCGACAUGGAAUUCUCCGAGGAGAUUUGGCUUGCAUGCCACGACGAUAUUGAGGGCAACGUUGAGCUCGCGCACGAAAUAUGGGUAGAGAGCGGCUUUGAGGUUUCGAGUGAUGCCGUCUUCACGAUCCUACCAUAUCUCGAAAGAGAAGACAAGCAGCUCCGCCGAGCAGCCGCUCGAGCCCUUGCCGCGGCAGUAAAGCUGCACCCUGGAUUAAUUACAGAGAUCCUCUCGCGCCUUGAAUCCUCAUACAUAGAGUUAGCCAAACCAAAAGUGCCACAGCUCGAUGAAUAUGGCAUGCCUAGAAAGAUGGAUAUGAGAGAUCCUUGGGAAGCUAGAAAUGGCAUCGCACUAGCCUUCAGAGAGUUGUCUGUCGUCUUCAAGGAGGAACUACUAGAUUCGUUCUUGAAAUUUCUCAUUGAGCGCGGACCACUCGGUGACAAGAGCCCUCAUGUUCGAGAAGAAAUGAUCGAGGCCGCGAGAGCCAUCAUUGCAUUGCAUGCGAAAAACAAGGUCGAAGAUCUGAUGAAGACUUUUGAACAAACUCUUGAAGGGCCAGAUAAAGGCUCGGAUUUCAGCGACAGAGUGAACGAAGCCGUCAUUAUCCUGUAUGGCGCACUCGCGAGGCACCUUAAUCCAGGGGAUUCUCGCAUUCCAGAAGUUGUAGCAAGACUUCUUGCCACUUUGAGCACCCCCUCUGAGACGGUUCAAUACGCCGUAGCUCUUUGCCUUCCAGAUCUAGUCCGGGCCUCACCCGGCGAGGUUCCAGACUACACGCAAAAGGUCAUGGACCAGCUGCUCAAUGGUAGUAGCUAUGCUUCACGCCGUGGUGCUGCGUAUGGUCUCGCAGGGUUAAUUCAAGGUACUGGUAUCGUUGCUCUCAGAGAGUAUCGCAUAAUGCUCACCCUCAGGAGCGCCAUCGAUAACAAGAAAGAUGUCAAGCACCGUGAAGGGGCGCUGCUGGCUUAUGAGCUUCUCUCGACUAUCUUGGGUCGUAUUUUUGAGCCAUAUGUCAUUCAGAUUGUGCCCCAGUUACUUUCCAGCUUUGGAGAUUCUAGUGCCGAUAUUCGAGACGGGUGUCUUGCUGCGGCAAAGACAUGUUUCGCUAGUUUAAGCUCAUACGGUGUCAAAAAGAUCCUUCCUACACUUUUGGAUGGCCUUGAUGACCAGCAGUGGAGAAGCAAGAAAGGUGCCUGCGACCUUCUCGGCGCCAUGGCCUACCUCGAUCCUCAACAGCUUGCCCAAAGCUUGCCAAAGAUUAUCCCCCCGCUUACUGGUGUUCUAAAUGACAGUCACAAAGAAGUGCGCCUGGCUGCCAAUCGCAGUUUGAAGCGCUUUGGAGAAGUCAUCAGCAACCCCGAGAUUAAGGGUCUUGUGGACAUACUCCUAAAGGCUUUGAGCGAUCCGACAAAGUACACGGAUGAUGCACUUGACGCGCUGAUCAAGGUUUCCUUCGUCCAUUAUCUUGAUGCACCUUCUCUCGCACUUGUUGUUCGUAUUCUGGAGAGAGGUUUGGGCGAUCGAUCUGGAACAAAGAGAAAGUCAGCACAGGUUAUUGGAAGUCUUGCACACCUGACUGAGCGUAAAGAUCUCAUAUCUCAUCUUCCGAUCUUGGUUGCUGGUCUAAAGAUUGCCGCGGUAGACCCCGUACCCACCACGAGGGCUACAGCGUCCAAGGCUCUCGGUUCACUCAUCGAGAAGCUGGGAGAAGAUGCCCUUCCAGAUCUUAUCCCAGGGCUCAUGCAAACACUCAAGGCCGAUACUGGAGCAGGAGACCGCCUCGGAUCGGCACAAGCUCUCAGCGAAGUCCUCGCAGGCCUGGGCACGAGCCGCCUCGAAGAGACACUGCCCACGAUCCUACAAAAUGUCUCGUCAUCGAAAGCAUCUGUUCGCGAAGGUUUCAUGUCUCUUUUCAUAUUCUUGCCUGUUUGCUUUGGCAACAGUUUCGCAAAUUACCUCAGCAAGAUCAUUCCUCCUAUUCUUACUGGUCUUGCGGAUGAGGUUGAAUCGAUUCGCGAUACAUCUCUCAGAGCUGCCCGCCUCCUUGUCAAGAACUUCGCUACCAAGGCCAUCGACCUCCUCCUUCCUGAACUUGAGCGUGGCUUGGGAGACGAUAGCUACAGAAUCCGUCUCAGUUCCGUUGAGCUGGUUGGGGAUCUUCUUUUCAACCUAACUGGUAUCAGUUCCACGGACGAGGAUGAGGUUGAAGAGGGCGCCAAGGAAGCCGGAGCAUCUCUGCUGGAGAUCCUCGGCGAAGAGAAGCGAAACAAGGUUCUCUCUGAGCUAUAUAUCUGUCGCUGUGAUACUGCCGGCCAGGUUAGAACUGCAGCUGUCAACGUGUGGAAGGCACUUGUUGCCAGUCCUAGGGUUCUUAAGGACUUGGUUCCUACACUCAGCCAGCUUAUUAUUCAACGCCUUGGAUCCACAAACGCUGAACAGAAACUCAUUGCUGGGAACGCUCUGGGUGAACUCAUCCGUAAGGCUGGUGAUGGGGUGCUCUCUACCCUGCUACCUACUCUCGAGGAAGGCCUCCGGACUUCUACAGAUGUUGACGCCAGACAAGGCAUUUGUAUUGCUCUUCGCGAGCUUAUUUCAUCUGCAUCCGAAGAUGGAUUAGAGGACCAUGAGAAAACACUGAUAUCUGUUGUUCGCGUUGCUCUUAUUGAUUCGGAUGAAGAGGUUAGAGAAGCCGCCGCUGAUGCAUUCGACUCUAUGCAGAACAUGUUUGGCAAGCGCGCCGUGGACCAAGUCUUGCCAUAUCUCCUCAACCUUCUCAGAACAGAGGGCGAGGCCGACAAUGCACUGUCUGCACUUCUAACUUUACUGACGGAGACCACUCGCUCCAACAUCAUUCUCCCGAACCUUCUCCCAACCCUCACAGCCUCGCCAAUCAACGCAUUCAAUGCAAGGGCCCUGGCUUCGCUAUCAACUGUAGCCGGAGGAGCUAUGACAAGGCGCCUAUCGACCGUUAUCAACGCAUUGGUGGACAAUAUUAUAGUGUGCAAGGAUGAGGAGCUCCGCGCUGAUCUCGAGUCAUCGCUGGACACUGUGCUCCUUUCCAUCGAUGAGUAUGAUGGUCUCAAUACAACCAUGAGCAUUAUGUUUGGCCUUGUCAAGCACGACGACCACCGAAAGCGCGCAGCCGCCGGAUAUCGCCUUGCCAACUUCUUUGCAAAUACCGACGUCGAUUACAGCCGUUACAACCAGGAUAUCGUCAGGAACCUGUUGAUUUCGUUUGAUGAUACCGAUCUGGAAGUGACCAAGGGUGCAUGGACUGCCCUGAACGAAUUCACCAAGCAGGUGAGCAAGGUAGAAAUGGAAGCUUUGGUCCACUCCACCAGACAAGCCCUUCAACGAGUUGGCGUUCCAGGAUCCGACCUGCCAGGGUUCUCAUUGCCAAAGGGAAUCAAUGCCAUCCUCCCGAUAUUCUUGCAGGGUCUCAUGAAUGGCACGUCUGACCAGAAGACGCAGUCUGCGUUAGCCAUCUCCGAUAUACUCGACAGGACUAGCCCUGAGUCUCUCAAACCAUUCGUCACGGCCAUCACCGGACCUCUCAUUCGAAUCGUAUCAGAAAAAUCGACUGAUGUGAGAGCUGCUAUUCUCCUAACCUUGAACAAUCUGCUUGAGAAGAUUCCAGCUUUCUUGAAGCCUUUCCUUCCUCAGUUACAGAGGACGUUUGCCAAAUCCCUCGCGGACACGUCUAGCGAAGUUCUGAGGACUCGUGCUGCGAAGGCGCUUGGAACUUUGAUCACCCUAACUCCUCGGAUUGAUCCUUUAGUGGCAGAGUUGGUGACAGGAUGCAAGACCUCUGAUAUCGGCGUCAGGAACGCCAUGUUGAAAGCCUUGUAUGAGGUUGUCAGCAAGGCCGGAAGCAACAUGAGCGAGGCCUCGCGCUCUGCGGUACUGGGUUUGAUUGACACCGAUGUGGAGGACAAAGAUGCCACCAUGGUGAUAACAAACGCAAAGCUAUUUGGUGCACUGAUCAAGAAUGUAUCGGAGGAUAACGCCACAAGCCUAAUCAAGAACCGCGCCAUGACGACUCACUUUACCCACGCUUCUAUUUUGGCCCUCAACUCCGUUCUACUACAGGCACCUCAAUCAUUAACGGAGUCAUCAUUCGCUGAGGAUCUGCCGUCUGUGAUCUGCAAAGGCAUAGCUAGUAAAGACCCCUUCAUUUCCGACAACUCUGUGUUAGCAGCUGGAAAAUACAUAUUGACGGAAAGCCCAAAAUCUUUUGAAGCCAGGAAGCUGAUUUUUGAAACACUGGCUACUUACAUCCCAGCGGGAAACCCAGCAGAUACGCGAAGGCUGGCUUUGGUUGUCGUCCGCACCGCUUGCCGGCACCACAUGGAGCAUGUAAAGCCACACCUUGCAGUAUUAGCUGCACCGAUUUUUGCCAGUGUCCGAGACACUAUUAUCCCAAUCAAGCUGUCAGCUGAAGCAGCCUUCAUGGCGCUCUUUGAUGUAGUUGAUGAGGAAGGAAAGGUCUUCGAUAAGUUCAUUGCGAGCCAAACGCAGAUGGCGCCGGUCUCAAAGAGAGCUAUGCAAGAUUACUUCAAGCGUGUUGCAUUACGUUUGGGUGCCCAGGCCAGGGAAAGGAGGGAGGCUGAGGGUGGCCAGGGCGGUCUUGGCCUGUCCAACGAUGAAGUCGACGACGAACGCGAAAUAUGGAGCGUAGGCAAGGUUGAUCUGGGAGAGGGAACUUCAAGUGAUGACUGAUGUAUCAGAACUAUUCAAUUCUGUAAAGCAUGGCGCUCUUGAUAUUAGGGGAAGACCAGAAGAGUAGGAUCUGGUUCACAGGGGUAGAGUCACGAGAAAUAAAAAUGUAUAUUUGAGCAUAGCCAAUGUUGUUUAAC